AUGGAGGACAGCAAGGCCGCGCUGGCCCGGAGAUUGAUCGACGCGGUGAGCGAAAUCUCGUCGAUUUCGGACUACAGGAGCUCCGUGAAGAAGCAGUACACGAAUCUAGCUCGGCGGCUGAAGUUGUUGACCCCAAUGUUCGAAGAGAUUCGCGAUUCCAAGGACACGCUGCCGGAAGACUCUGUUCGUGCACUGGAUUCAUUGGCCGGAGCUCUUGAAUCGGCGAAGGAGCUGCUCCGGUUUGGUAACGAAGGCAGCAAGAUUUAUCUGGUGCUGGAGAGAGAGCAUAUCAUGACUACAUUUCAAGAAGUGACAGCUGCACUAGAGCAAGCUCUAAGUGCCAUUUAUUUUGAUAAACUUGACAUAUCAGAUGAGGUGAAGGAACAGGUCGAGCUUGUCCUUGCUCAGUUCAGAAGAGCCAAGGGAAGGGUUGAUGCCCCAGAUGCCGAGCUGUAUGAGGAUCUUUUGUGGCUGUACAACAAAAAUGCUGAUUCUGCUGAAGAUCCAGCUGUAUUAAGGAGAUUGGUCGAUAAACUACAGCUGGGUGGCAUAGCAGACUUAACUCAAGAAUCGCUAGCUUUGCACGAGAUGGUUGCUGCAACUGGUGGGGACCCAGAAGAGAACAUAGAGAAAAUGUCAAUGCUCUUGAAGAAAAUUAAGGAUUUUGUGCUGACGGUGAAUCCGAAUAUUGAGUCCCCUGCAUCCGAAAAGUCCGGCCCGACAUGCAGCACCAGGAAAGCACCGACAGAGGGAAUUCAGAAAAACCUCGUCAUACCGGAUGAUUUCCGCUGUCCUAUCUCGUUGGAGUUGAUGAACGAUCCCGUCAUUGUCUCAACGGGACAGACGUACGAAAGGUCAUGCAUCGAGAAAUGGCUACAAGCCGGCCACGCGACUUGCCCCAAGACCCAACAAGCCCUAUCGAGCACCUCCCUCACCCCGAACUACGUCCUCCGAAGCCUUAUAGCCCAGUGGUGCGAAGCCAACGGCCUCGACCCCCCUAAGCGCCCGGGCAGCGGCAGCGACGGCCCCGCCGACUCCCGCUCCACCAAACCCUCGUCUUCCUCUUGCUCCCCCGCCGAGCGCACCAAGAUUGGCUCCCUCCUCCUCAAACUCACAUCCGGGGUCCCCGACGACCAGCGCUCGGCCGCCGGCGAGCUCCGCCUCCUCGCCAAACGCAACGCCGACAACCGAGUAGCCAUCGCCGAGGCCGGGGCCAUCCCUCUCCUCGUCCACCUCCUCUCGUCCACCGCAGACCCGCGCACCCAAGAACACGCCGUCACGGCCCUCCUGAACCUCUCGAUUUGCGAGGACAACAAGUCGGCCAUCAUCUCGUCGGGUGCCGUCCCGGGGAUCGUCCACGUACUUCGCAAGGGAAGCCCCGAGGCGCGUGAGAACGCGGCCGCCGCGUUGUUUAGCCUCUCGGUUGUCGACGAGAAUAAAGUCACGAUCGGGGCCUCGGGAGCUAUACCGCCGCUCGUCGCGUUACUCAACGAGGGGACACAACGCGGGAAGAAAGACGCGGCCACGGCGCUAUUCAACCUAUGCAUCUACCAAGGGAACAAAGGGAAGGCCGUUCGGGCGGGAGUGGUCCCGACGCUCGUGAGGCUCAUGACCGAGCCGGGAGGAGGGAUGGUCGACGAGGCGCUAGCGAUACUCGCGAUACUCGCGAGCCACCCGGAGGGUCGGGCGGGGAUCGGGAACGCGGGGGCUUUGCCGGUUUUGGUCGAUGUGGUCGGGGGAGGGUCGCCGAGGAAUCGGGAGAAUGCGGCGGCGGUGCUCGUGCACCUUUGCUCGUCGAGCGAUCAACACCUGACGGAGGCGCGGGAGCUCGGAGUCGUGGGCCCUGUUCGAUGGGGAGCUUGUGAUGAGCGUGGGAGGUGGAAGAUCACCUAUCCCGGCGCGCCCGGUUUCUCUCGAGGGUGA